AACAAAGAAAAGAAAGAAGGAGAAUUGAGGAUUUUAUAAGUUUGAGAUUGGAAUUUGUGAUUAUUUGAAGAAUGAAAACAAUCAAACAAUCCUUAAAACAGAAUGAAAAUGAAGCAUAUCUUAGUGGCACAUCUUAUAUCUUUUGAGAAAAGAACUGAUCCAUGGCAUGAUGAUCAGUUGGCCUCAUUUUUCAAUUGUGACACCGACACUGCAUAAAGAUUUACUGUUUGAAGAAAGAGACAGAUAGAUAGAUGAAUGGAUGAAGAAGGGGGAAUCCUUAUGGACCAUUGAAAUUGUAAAGAACACAGGCAAGAAGAUAAAAUUGAGUGGUUAAUCAACAGGCCGUAUGAAGGCCUCCUUUAUUAUGGUGAGAGUUAAUUUGAAGAACGUGUUUAGGGCCCCAAAGCCGCCGUUCAUCUGCCCCCACCCUCCAUUGAUGAUUGUUAUCUCAUGUUUUUCUUUUGUCUUCUUCUUCUUCCCCUUAAAAGAUGUAAAGAAAAAUUCAUCCAAUUAGUAGACUCCACCUCUUUCUGUUGUGUGUCAUUCACACUUCACAUCACUUUUACUACUAAUUACUACAGUUUGUGAGAUUUUUACAUAUUUAUGUGAUUAGGACUUUUGUACUGACAUUAUUUUAUUAUUAGAUACAUAUCUAUAUAGUACAGAUAAGACAACUCCUAAGAGACAUAAGUGUUAGUAUGGGACCAUUAUUUAUUUACUAUUCUCUUUGAGAGACAUUUUUCUAUGCACUCAGAUCCCAGUGGGAUUGGGGUAUCCUUGACAUAUCCCUGAUGUUGAGAUGACUGGUUGGUUAAUUGAUAAAUAUUCAUUUGACUCUAAAUUAAUGGGUUUGGUAUGAUAUGAGCCAUCACCAUUCACACCCAUCAACAUCUUCUUCCUCCUCCUCAAGAUAAACUGAAUUAUCAGCAAGAACAGAACAGAGCAGAGCAGAGACGACUGUUUCUCUAUAAAGGGAUAAACAAUGAUGGGGAGGAGAAGAGGGUCAUUCUUACAGAAGGGAAAGUUAUAAAUAUAUAUAUCUUUUUGGGAAUUAUGGAACAACUAGAUUACUGUGGUUUUGCUCAACUUGAUGAUCAAGAAUUAGCUCCGACAGACCAAGAAAGAGAAACCUCCAUUUCACUUCCAUGGCAUAUUCCUCCUGGUGAUUCUCUUCCAUUCCAUGGAUAUCAUGAUUCGAGCUCAUUACCUUUUGGAGAAGACAGGUCUAUAAGUGCCUCGAGAAGCCAUAGUCAAGCGGAGAAGCGUAGGAGAGACAGGAUCAAUACUCAGAUGGCAGCUCUUAGAAAGCUGGUCCCCAAGUCAGAUAAGAUGGAUAAGGCAGCCUUGUUAGGGAGUGUAAUUGAGCAAGUGAAGGAUCUGAAGAGAAAAGCAACUGAGGCUAGCAAAAGCCUGAUUGUGCCGGUGGACAUUGAUGAAGUAACUGUAGAAUUGUUUCUGGACGAAGAAGAAGAUGAAGAAGCAGCAGCAGCAGCAGCAGCUUGUUCAAGUGAAAUUAACAACAACCCAGAAAGCAUUCUGAUAAGGGCAUCGGUUUGCUGUGAGGAUCGUCCGGAGCUGUUUGAGGAGCUGAGCCAGGCACUGAAAAGCCUGAAUCUGGGGACAGUAAGAGCUGAAAUUUCGUCUUUAGGGGGAAGAGUGAAGAGCAUAUUGGUCCUUUGCACAAGCAAAGGGGUGUGCUUGAAUAGCCUUAAGCAAUCACUCAAAGGGGUUUUGGUUAAAAUUGCUUCGUCUUCUGAAACAUCAGGUGCAUCCAGUUACACUAUUAAGAGCAGAAGGCAGAGGUUCUUCUUUCCUAGUUCCCAAUGCUCCACAACUUUUUUCUCUUGAUUUCCCGUGGUGGGUGGGUGGGUCUUACAACCUUAAACUGUUUUGUUUGUUUCUUUCUUUUUUGAAAUGUUUCAUGAUUGGGGGGAGGAGAAAUAAUCAUCUUUACUCUUGUGAUCACAA